AUGGCCAGCGGCAGGGACUCGGACGGCGAGCCGGUGGUGCCGGAGGAGGAGGAGGAGGAGGAGGGCCCGGACGUGAAGGCCGUGCAGGCCCAUUACCUGCGCAGCCCCUCGCCCAGCCGGUUUUCCAUGAUAUCAGACACUGAUACAGAGAGCAUCUUCAUGGAGCCAAUCCAUCUGUCAUCUGCUGUGGCUGCCAAGCAAAUAAUCAGUGAAGAACUGAAGACAAAGGAGGUCAGGGUAGAUUCAGUGUGUCCCAGGAUGCUGGAGUCUGCGCAGCAGCUGAUGGUGGAAGACCUGUACAACCGAGUUAAGGAAAAGAUUGAUGACACCAGCUUGUUUAACACGCCGUGUGUGAUGGACUUGCAGAGGGCACUCGUGAAGGACAGGCUGGAGACCCCCAGGGAUGCUGUGGAUGAAGUCUGGCCUAAUGUCUUCAUAGCAGAAAAAAGCGUCGCAGUGAACAAAAGCCGUUUGAAGAGACUGGGCAUCACACACGUCUUGAAUGCAGCUCAUGGUACAGGGGUCUACACAGGACCAAGCUUCUACAACGGUCUCAAUAUCCAGUACCUGGGCAUUGAGGUGGAUGAUUUCCCAGAUAUGGAUAUCUCCAAACACUUCCGCCCGGCUGCGGAGUUCCUUGACGAAGCACUGCUGACUUACAGGGGCAGAGUCCUGGUCAGCAGUGAGAUGGGCAUCAGUCGCUCCGCCGUGCUGGUGGCUGCCUACCUGAUGAUCUACCACCACAUGACCAUUCUGGAGGCUCUGAUGACUCUGAGGAAGAAACGAGCCAUUUACCCCAACGACGGCUUCCUGAAACAGCUGCGGGAGCUCAACGAGCAGCUGCUGGAGGAGCGGGAGCUGGAGCACUCUGGAGACGAAGAAGUGACUCCUAGUCAAAGUCCUGUGGCCCGUGCAGGGACUUCUUCCCGUUUGUCUGGAGCUGGGGACGCAGAGAGCGUCGUGGGAGCCCGAGCCCACUCCAUCACAGUGGAAGAGGAGGACACGAGCAGCAUGCUGGGUAGUUUUAUGAGCUCUUCGUCAGUGUCAAAAACCAGCUGGGUUUCCAAACGCUCCACCCUGAUCAGCGAGGAGGAAGAGGAACAGUUGUAUGAGGAAUGGAGGAAGAAACAAGGCCUGUCUGCAAAGGAACCAGGAGUUAACCAUGAAAGAAGAGCAUCUCCAAAGCAUCUGGAUCGGGAAGAGGAUCAAUCUGAUGAGGAUGUGGAACAGAGGAUCCAUGACUGGCAGCGCAGAAAUGAGAAAUACCAAAUGCAGGGUGCAGCCAGGGAGGAGGAUGGUGAUUCCAGCAUGGGAGGAAGACCUUACCCACCAGGUGAAUUCAGUGAUGUUGAGAGUGUGAGCAGUUUUGAGAUCCGAACCCUGAAAAAGCACCUGGAAGCCAGUAGCUUUAGCAGGAUGAGGAGGAGUCGCACAGACUCUGUGUCUUCUGAGAGCACCUGGGACAUGUGGAAUCAGAGACUUCUGGAGAUAGAGGAGGAAGCUGCUCAGAGAUACCAUUCCAAGAAUAAAAAUUGUGGGGAAAUGGGAAGAAAGGAGAGGGAUGUGGAUGAGGAGAGCGUGCUUUCAGACAGUAGCUCCUUCUACAAUUUCUGCCAAAAGAACAAAGACAAGUUGACUCCUCUAGAAAGGUGGAAGGUCAAGAGGAUCCAGUUUGGCUUUCACAAGAAGGAUUUAGAACCAUCAUCAUCAGCUGCACCAUCUCCAGCAGAAGAUGGCAACCAGGCAGGUGAGGAGGGAGCAGAAGGGAAGAGUUUGUCAGAUAUUGACCUGACUGCUUACCAGGCUUGGAAAAUGAAGCGGCAGAAGAAGGUGGGCAGUGAAAGCAGCAAGGAGGAAUUUGUGGAAUUUGCCAAAACCGAGGAUUCUGCUUCAGCUAAAAAGAGGCAGAGGCGUGUAGAGCUCCUCGAACGUUCAAAGAAAAUUUUAGAGGAAAGCCAGUCCAUGUGCAGCUGGGAGACAGACAGCACGAUGAGUGGGAGUAUCCCCCUGUCGGCUUUCUGGCCCUCGGCGGCUUCUGCAGAUGGUGCUGAUGAUGCAGCUUCUGCCCUGAGCAUGCAGACAAAUCAUUCAUCUCUGUCACGGACCAGGAGCAGCACGGGAGCAAUGCAGCCUCAGAUGCCGAGUGUACCCCUUCCCAACCUCGCGGUUGGUCCGGGUGACACCAUAUCCAUGGCAAGCAUUCAGAACUGGAUCGCUAACGUGGUCAGCGAAACCAUCGCUCAGAAGCAAAACGAGAUCUUGAUGCUGUCCCGUCCGUCGUCCGCGAUGGCCUCCCUGUCAGGAGACCUGGGCAGGCGAGGAGAUGAUGACAGGGUUUCUCUGCUCAGUGCUCAGAGCGGCUCAUCUGUGGCUGCCUCUCAGCUGCGCCAGCAGGAGCUGCGCCGGGCCGAGUCUCAGUCUGUCCUGUCCUGCAACACCUCCAUGAGCGCAAGGACAGAAGGGGCUGCUUCAAACAUGAAGACAACACAAACGAGCAAGCCACUGUACAGCCUCUUUGCUGAUGAUGUUGACCUCAAGAAACUCAGGAGGAAGGAGAAGGAGAUGCAAAUGGAAAUGAGAGAAAAAAUGUCAGAUUAUCAAAUUGAAAAGGUGAUCAGAGACAAUAAACGCAGCACUUUAUUUAAGAAAAAGGUGACCAAAGGAGAGGAAAAUGAAAGGGAAAAUGGCAUAGAAAGUACAACAAAAAGCCAUGGGCGUCCCUUGGAAGCAGAUUUUGACAGAACUGGUACAGUCUUUGAUCUGUCCGGUCAGCCUACAAACUCAGGUGCACCAGAGUCAGAAAUAGAGACUGAUAUUAGCAAGUGGCUCAAUGGCCUGAAAGCAGAGAGAGAACCACCAUCUUAUUAUGAACAAACUGAGAAAGCUAGAGAGAAAUAUAGCAGAUCAUCGAAAGUUAGACAGAUGGAUUCUGAGACAUCCAGUUACAGAUUCUGCAGGUCCCAAAGAGAAGAGGUAGACAGCUGUUCUUCCUACGAGUCGAAAGGAGAUUCACUGAGAACCACGUCAAGAUUUUCCUCUGCUUCUGCGAAAGAGGACAAAAAGAUGUACAAGUUCACAAGGUCGCGGGUCAGUGAGACAAGUUCCAGAGAAAACAGCCCAGAGCUGCACGUUUUCAGCCGAUCUCCUGAGCCGCCCUUUGACUCUGAAUCCCCUGAACCGUCUACACAGAGCCGAGUCAGAUCCCAUCACGUGGAGGCGUGUGAAGAGGAGGCCAGGUCAGACGUGUCAGAAUUUGGGGCAAAGAGAAAGUUCACCCAGAGCUUUUCGAAGUCCGAAGAGGAUGGAAAGAAGGAGGCAAAAGUGGAGCAAAGUGAAGAAAGGUUUGCAUCUAGACAGCGCUCUCAGUACAGGCGAAGCACGCGUAAAGAGGAGGAAGAAGAGAUGGAUGAUGAUGCCAUUAUUGCUGCUUGGAGAAGCCGACUGGAAGAAACUACAGCAAAGCUCCAGCGGAGAAGGGAAGAGUGACCAAGAUCAGACUACAGGAGCACAAGCAGAGCCAGAGUCCCUGAAUCACUCACUCAUCAUUAUAUUUUUGAUAAUCCUUUGUGGUUUGUAGGGCAUUUCCUGCAGAUAGUUCUCUUCUUAAUCAAAAGCGAUGAAGGGAAGAGGUCAAGUUCUGCAAGUGUUUGUGGCUUGUCAGAAAGAAGAUGCUAGAAUUAAAUGAUCAGUGUAGGUAGGAACACAAUGUUAGAAGCCAUUAGGAGCCAGACAAUGUUUCAGCAGCAAAAGCAAGUAACGGUGGCACCUCAAGUCAAAAGACCAAUCACAUCCCGUUUUGGUUAUUUCAAUUUCCUAGUGUUGUUAAAAACUGGACAUAUUUUUUUCUCGGAUCUUUUUGAUCAUAAGUGGAAGAAGCCAACAGCCUUUUCUAGGAACUUGAAGAAUGUUUCUCUCUUAAUCAGCUUUACUUUAUACCACUGAGAAGAUAUUACCAGUGCACCCUUCAUGCCAACAUGCCUGAAUGCUUUAUGGUCAUUAAAUUAAAUCAAAGAACACACCACAGAAUGGACAAGGCCAGAUCAAUAAAUCUUAAAACUGAUUCAAACUUACCAAGGACUCUGCACAAGUAACCAUGAAAGGAAGGAUGACUCCAGUCAGAAGGGCAUUUCUGUGGGCAUAAAACUGAACCAAGACAUAGGUGAUACUAAUUAGAAGACAGAAACAUUUAAAGGAGCUGGUCAUUUUUAUAGCAUCACCCAACUGCCAACAGCAUCGACCUGCAGCCCAAUGUCUUAAGGGUAUUUUUGGACUUCUGAGUGAUACAUGAAAAUAACCAUGGUGGCAAGAACUUUUUGCAGCUGGCUAGAAAGCUGUACAGCUCCAGGUCACGUCCUGCCACGAACAUGCCUAAUUUUAGAGAUUUGCCUAUUUGUGACUUCCCCAUUUGAUUAUUGCAGGGCACCAUAUUAAAGAAGGAUGCAGUGCCCACCAGCUGGCAUGAACCAUUGUGUGACUGUUCCGUCUUCACAGACCAUCCCAGCAAUUUGAUCUUUGCAAUGACUCCAUACUGAACUUGGAUCCAGUUGAAAGCCAUCCAUUAGUUUGGCAGAACAUUUCUCCCUCCUUGCUGGAGAGGAGAGCUUUAUGAAACUGCAAUAGCCUUUAUGAAACUGCCAAUUAAUGGGGAGCUUUGUACAUUUGGCUCACAGAAAUAUCCCAGCAGCUGUCAUAACCUAUGAAGGUUCAUUCCCAAAGCGCAUAAAAAAUGACCACAGGCCUAACUACAGUCAAAACUAAAUGCAAACCCCAGUUCUUCAACUUAAACUUCCCUCCCUCAAUAAUUUUGCGAGGCAUGUGCUCCUUAGUCUGUGAAUUGCAUCAAAAGUAUUGCCUAGAGGCAGAGGGUCAGAGGAGAUUCCACAUAUGAAAAACAGGAGGCCCUCAAAAGGGUGCAACCUCAGUUGCUGAACAGACACCACAAAUAGGAUGGAUAAAAGCCCACAUGAGACUGGUAUAUGAGCAAGCAGAAGCUGACAGUUGCCCCUCAGGAAUACAGUAUAAAGCUUUCAGUUCUGCAGGAGACGUGAUCUGAAAGUUUGCUUCCUGGGAGCAAUCACACCUGAACUGUUGCGUGGUGCUGCGGUUGCAUAAUUUAAUAGUUGUCAUGUUUCAUCCCAAGGUGAGUGUUGGUGGUGGUAGUGUACAUAAAAAAUUUGUACGUCAUUAGGGAUAAAAGGGUCUAUGCAAGAAGAGGUCAGACAUUAUCCUCAUGACCAGCAGAAGAGGUCCAUAUUAAAACAAAGGAGGUGUUUGAUUUUCUUUUGAACGUGGGCAGAUGAUUCAGGCCCACGUGCCCUUCAUAUGCUCUGUCUCUCCCCUUCCCAUCUCCUUCCUUUUGAAACAGAUUUAAGUCCAUCUACUUUUAUAUUUUCAAACAAAACCCAUAAAAGGGCCAUAAAUAUCAUGACUCGCUAAAAUGAAAGCUGUUUUCUUCUUCUCCCAGGAGACUCCUGCCUGAGAGAGAGACAGAAAGAGUUCACCCCUUUGAAAAUUUCCUCCUCUGUCGAUGUAAAGCUCGUAUCUAAAAGCAGCCUUCAAGGCUUUGUUCUUAUCAUCUUGACCUGGCUUUGUACUGGCUUCUCUCUGUAUUGCUUGUGGAAGUGUGAAGGACGGGGCUAGGGGAAGGAGUUUUGGCUAUCACUGGCAGAGCAAGGGUCAUGCUUGGAAAGGGAUUUCAUUGUGGUUUCAGAAAAUGUUAUAAACUCAGCACACUGGCAAAAAGAAUGAAGAAACUCAUUCCCCUCCUGGAUCAGACCAGUGAUCCACCCCUUCUGUCUCUGAUGUUGGCCAGAACCAGAUGCAUCUCAGAAGGUAUAAAGGAAGUUUAAGUGGGUAAUUAUGGAAUAACCUGCCCUGAGUAAAAUUUUCUCCCCUUCUGGCCCAAAGCCCUCCUUCAUCUCUCUCCUUGGUUAGAGUUCAACUCUAUGCCCUGAAGCAUCACGGCUUCUCUCCCUUCCAAACCGCUUUUCAUCCUGGCCUGUCUCAUGUAACUGCCUGUGACAGUGAUGGGAUGUAUAGGUCUUGUCCACUGAGAGUCUGUGACAGAUCACAGCCUUAUUGGAAAGAGAGGCAGAGAGGCCGAAGAGAAGGUGAGGGAGGAGAGCAUAAACUCAGAUGAAAUAUCCAUCAGGAAGAUGGAAAGAAGAGUGAAUGCCUGGGAAACUAAUUGCUGCCUGCUGAUCUGGGCUGUGGAGAUAGCUUGCAAGUGAGCAUUUUUGCUUUUCAGAGAUUUCAGCCUGGAGCACACUAGGAAAGUCAACUCUUUGGGUUGAAAAUACUGUUCAUCAAUACUUCCCCUUAUAUUUUUUUUAAAGCUGUAGAAGUAUAAGAGUAGUCCUGAGAAAACUAUUCUAUUAUAUACUGAGGGAGCUUUUUCUUCCACUGAAGUUCACUACCCAUUUCUGAACAGGUAAUUUGGGCCUACUAGACACUGAACACCGAUGAAAAUCAGGCUGUUUUUCUGCUGCCCAAAAAGAGUUUAGGAACCCAAAGUCCGAUAUUCCUGUCUAGGUCCCUGUCCAGGUCUUACAGAGAUGGCUGCUCAUACUCCUGAGUUGAACACAGAGCGUAUCCAAAAGUGUUUGUGGAGGUUACAGCUUUUGUGGGUUGGUUUGGUCAUUGCACAGGCCAUCAGCAUUUGUGGGGCACAGUGCCAGAUGCCCCAAGGUGAGGGUUAGAAUUAUCCGACACACUGAGACUUUUUAGACAUUGUCAGCAUUUUCUCUGGUGCCUUUACCGCUGAAAGCAUUAACAAAGUUCCAGGGAAUGGUUAGUGUACUUUGUAGAUGGAUGCUUCCAGUAAUACACAGGUUGAACAGCAGCUUUUAUUUAUCCAGGACCUCAACAAUUCCUAGGGAGAGGGAAAGAAGAGCUAGGUGUUUGAUCAUAUCCAGGCCUCAAUGAUCAUUAAUUUCACUUCCACAGUAUCCACAGUUUCCCAUAUUCCUUUCCCUCAAAAGUGUGGCAAAGUGAUCCGGAGUUUUCCAAGUGAUGGGUGUUGAAAUCUCACCCCAUCUCCUGGAUACCACACUGAGGUGUUCAGAGCAUCCUGCUGGUGUUGGCUGAGCACAGGAGACUGUUCAUUAAGAAAAAUGACUGUAUCAUUUAUACUGAGAACAGCUGCAGUGAGCAGCUCAGUGCCAGUGUUCAAGGCUCUGUAAUCUCCUGUUAGUUGCCACUUGCCAUUAGAUUUUUUUACUGGCCAUAAAGGAGAAUUGUAGGGGAAAUGAGACGUGACAAUGAUUCGCUGUUCUUCCAGCUCCUUUAUCAAUUCAGUAACAGGACAAAUUGCUCCAGAAGGUAAUGGGUAUUGUGGAAUAUUAACUAUCUUGCUAUGGGGUAAAGGAGCAGCUGUUUGCAACAGAUUAGCAGUCAGAGAUGCAUUUGUAGGAGGUAAACUCUGGGGCAGAAAGGGUGAUGUCCCUAUUUCCCAUGUUCCCCACGACUGACCCUUCAAUACAUCCAUACCCAAUAUAUUAAGGGCACUUAAAAGUAAGGUCAGGUGGAUUGUCUGUCCCUCAGACAGAAUUAGUUUAGCCCUGACCAGUGGGUGGUUAGUGGGUUUCCCAUUAACUCCUGCAAUAGAGACUAACUGCUUGCUGCCCUUUCUAAGUGUCCUUACCUCCCAUCGAUAUCCGGGCUCCCGUGUCAAUGAGGAAUGUUCUAAAGUAGGAAUGGAUCAUUAACUGUGACCAGGAUCCUCAGCAGUGGGAGUAGCACCCACCCUGGUUUCCUGCACAUCCGCAGUCUAGGUUUAGUGAUGAUAGUUUGGGUAUAUCCCUGAGCUCGCAGCCCUUGCAUGCUCUGCCUCUCUAGUUAUUAUCCUUUCAAACCAUACGGUGUCAUCCCAUCUCCAAACACAGGUCCCAGAGGGUUAUCAUGAGAAGUAAAUGAGGAAAACCUGUCCAGCUGCCACAACAGGGAAGUUGGCAGCUCAGAGACAGCUGCUUCUCUAAACACAUUUUCCAUCGUCUUUUACGCUCAGUACUAACUGAUGGUGUUCCUCAACUUACCCUUUUUCUCUUCUGCAUUUACUUUAGCUGAGGUUAUCCCUUGGUUUUUAUCCUCCGGGAUUUACAGUGGUAAAUCUGCUAGCCCACACUGAAGGACCUCUUGGAAACUAAUACCAUUUAAGCCUGUCUUAAUGGCUAACACUAAAGACUUCUAUACCACCUCAGCUCCCAUUAUCAUGGGUCAGAAGUGUACAGGCUCCCAAAUCACCUCCCAAGGAUGCAGUUCUGCUGGAAGGGGUUGUCCAGCCCCUGGAGCAAGGUGUGCUGGUCCUUCUAAUUCAGCUGAAAUCACAGGUUGCAGCAGGGCACUCUGCAGACUGGCUGCCAAGCCCUGGGAACGCACAUUUUUCCUGCCAUGGGCAGUGCACAAAGUGCAAGCCCAUGAGGGACUGGUAAUAUUUGGCCCCGUGGUAUCCAACAUUAUUCCUGGGCCUAAUGCCAAUGAUCAAGCCUCAGCUGGGGCAAGGUGAAGCUCAUUGGCUCUGGCUAUCCAAAUCCAUGGCAGCCCAUUCACAGGUGUUUUCCCUGGUUUAGCUCGAUAUCUCUUCCCCAGACCUCUGAAUUCGAGGGCAGUAAACCCUGCUGUGGUUCCUGUGGAGGGAGGUGAGUUUUGUGCCCCUGUGAGAGGGCUGUGUUCAGUUUUGGUUAGUGCUGCUGAGAGCAGGGGGCAGGGAAUCAUCAUCACCUGGCUUUGAGGGGAGGGGUGCAGAUCUGCUUGUUUCCAGAUAUCCCUCUCCCAGUCAGCAUUGCACUUGGCACAAUAGUCUUUAACUGGGUCUCCUGCAGUAGCUUCCAACAGCCUCCUCCUGCACUCCUCAGCUUCAGCAAUUGUCUGGGGCUGAAGCUGGACUCAGGUGGUCUGUUUUGCAUUUCUAACUGCUUACACUUCCUAAGUAUUCUUUCCAUUUUCCUUUUCUUGUUUUCCCUUUUCAGUUGUAUGUUUUCCCCUUUCAACUCAUCAGUCACAUCCACUGCUGCCCUCUGACAACUGCCUAGUAGCCAGCACGUUGCACUUUCCCCUUCUCCCUUCUUUACCUUACAAGAAAACUGCCAUCUGGCAAACUCCUACCGAAUACCAUCAGCAUCCGUGCAGUGGCUCUUGACCGCAGGACAAAUCCCGCUUGGGAUUUUGCCACUCCUCUUUCUCAAAGUCUUCUCCCAGUUGUUGCCACUCAGUGUCUGGUUUUUCGUGGCAAAGACAAACAGACCCACAGAGAAAGUGUCUUUACACUCACACCGGACCAGCUG